AUGGGGGGAAUUGGGAAGACAACCAUUUCAAAGGCCAUCUAUGAUUCUCUCUAUCACAGAAUUGAAGGUAGCAGCUUUCUUGCAAAUGUUAGAGAAGAUUCAGAGAAGCGUGGGCUUUAUUAUUUGCAAAAACGGAUGCUUUCUGAUAUCUUCAAAGAGGAGAUGAAUAAACAACAGAUAAGUGGUGAUGAUAAUGGAGUAAUUGUUAUCAAAAGGAGAUUGAAGCAUACGAAGGAUGAAAUAUACAGGCUUCAAGAGAUGAGCAAUGAGGAAUCACUUCAGCUCUUCUCUUUACAUGCAUUCAAGGAAUACCGUCCUAAACAAGACUAUAUGGAGCUCUCAAAGAAUAUAGUGGAGUAUGCUAGAGGGCUACCAUUAGCUCUUGUUGUUUUGGGCUCCUUCUUGUGUGGUAGGGAAAUACCUGAACGGAAAUGUGCAUUGAAGGAAUUAAGAGAAAUUCCUAAUGACAAGUUACAGUCAAAAUUAAGAAUAAGCUAUGAUGCACUAUCUAAGCAACACUACAAGGAUAUAUUCCUUGACGUUGCAUGUUUUUUCAUCGGAAUGGAUAAAGACUUUGUAAACAUGAUCUUAAAAGGUUGUGGGUUCCACCCAGAAAUUGGAAUUGCUGUCCUCACUGAGAGAUGUCUCAUUUCAGUCAACAAAGAGAACAAACUCAUGAUGCAUGAUUUACUUAGAGACAUGGGAAGACAAAUAGUUCAUGAAGAAUCUCUUAAGGACCCUGGAGAGCGUAGUAGAUCGUGGUCUCAUCAGGAUGCCCAUGACAUAUUAAAAAAGAAUAUGCUUGAUGGUGUGAAUCUUGAGGGAGAUUAUGGACAUCUCUUAGAAGAGUUAAGAUGGCUCUGUUGGCGUCAAUUCCCUUUGGAAUCUAUACCGGCCAAUUUUGAUUUGGAGAAACCUGUCGUUCUUGACAUGCGACGUAGUUAUAUCAUCAACCAACCUUGGAAGGAAACUAAGAGCCUUGUUGUCGAGAUCGAUGAAGCACCAGUAAGACUUAAGAAAUUUACAAUAGGUUGUAGCAAUAUGACCAGCAUACCCACAGAGUUGACAGGUAACAAUAGGUUGCUUUGGUCUAUGCGGAUAUUUGGUGUCGAUGAUGGAGUAAGUGUUAUCAAAAUGAGACUACACUAUAAAAGGGUUCUUGUUGUUCUGCAUGAUGUGGACUAUUUAAACCAAAUAAAUGCAUUAGCUGGAGAUACCAAUUGCAAGAAUAAAAUAUACAAGGUUCAGGAGAUGAACAAUGAGCAAUCACUUCAGCUCUUCUCUUUGCAUGCAUUCAAGGAAGACCAUCCAAGAGAAGAGUAUAUAGAGAUCUCAAAUAACAUAGUUGAAUAUGCAAGAGGGAUACCAUUAGCCCUUGUGUGA